GUGAAAUAUAAAAGCAAAACUAAUUACCAAGUACAAUGGAAACCAUUUUGCAACCACCGCCGCCAUUUAUAUUUGAAAAUAAUCUUGUAAAUGUGACAUCUGGUAAUUUAAGUAAAGAGUGGGACAAAUGGAAAAAGAGUUUCAUAAUUUACUAUGCAGCGUGUGAAAUCGGGAAGAAAGACGCCACAGUGCAGAUAAAUAUUUUGCUUCAUGUCAUUGGUGAUCAGUGCAGAGACGUGUACGAUCAGUUUACGGAUCAAACAAAAUGUGAUACGGUUGACAAAGUGUUGGCGAAAUUUGAUGAUUUUUUUUACCCAAAAAAGAAUUUAACGAUUGAACGUCACAGAUUCUUUACACGCGAUCAGAGUGAAUUCGAGUCCGUCGAACAGUACGUGUUCGAAUUAAACAAAAUGGCGGUGAAAUGUGAAUUCAAAGACCUGUGCCAAGACUUAGUGCGAGAUAGAUUGAUAUGUGGAAUAAGAGAUGGAACAUUACGAGAACGCUUGUUGAGGGAACCAGAUUUGACUUUAACAAAGGCUGUAGAGAUUGGUAAUUUGGCAGAAUUAUCUCGCGCACAAGCUGUGACCUUGAAAUCGGAGAGCACUGAGCAUCACCAUGUACAUGAAAUUUCUAAUGAAAAUCAAGGUACAAACUCACAAGUGAAGGGGAUUGAU